UCAUCACACCCUUUGGCCGGUUCCAUUUUAACCGCCUACCGUUUGGGAUCAACUCAGUGCCCGAACACUUUCAGCGCAUGAUGGCGGAGGUCAUCGAGGGUCUCGAAGGAGUGGUGUGUCACAUUGACGAUGUGUUGGUGUGGGGACGUAACCAUCAGGAGCAUGAUUCCCGUCUCCAUGCUACACUGCAAAGAUUGGAAAGAACAGGCAUAACCCUGAAUGUCGAAAAAUGCGAGCUCUCCCAGAGCAAGGUUGCUUUCUUGGGUCACAUCAUAGCGGACACAGGAAUCAGUCCUGACCCGAAGAAAACGGAGGCAAUUACAGAAAUGACAGAGCCAACUAAUGUGUCGGAGUUGCGCAGUUUUCUGGGCAUGGUGAAUCAAGUGGGCAAGUUCAUCCCCCAUUUAGCUGAAAAAGACAAAGCCCUGCGAGAUCUUCUUUCCAAAAAGAAUGCAUGGUACUGGGGAACUGACCAAGUGAGAGCUUUCAAAACAUUACGAGAUGCCCUGACCUCACCCCAAGUGCUCGCAAUGUAUGACCCCAACAGAGACAUUAAAGUAUCAGCAGAUGCUUCAUCCUAUGGUCUCGGAGGUGUUCUUUUGCAGCUGUGGGAAGAAGGAUGGUGACCAGUGGCGUAUGCAUCGAGGUCCCUUUCUCCUACAGAACAACGAUACGCACAAGUGGAAAAAGAGGCACUGGCGUCUACAUGGGCGUGUGAGCGUUUUCGUGAUUUCCUGAUUGGUAAACAUUUUUGUCUCGAAACGGACCACAAACCUCUCGUUUCUUUACUGGGAGGACAAGCUCUGGAUCUCUUGCCACCCAGGAUCCAGCGAUUCAGAAUGAGACUCAUGCGUUACUCGUACACUGUGCAGUACGCCCCAGGGAAAUCGCUCUGGACAGCGGAUACUUUGUCCCGCUCACCGCUGAAAAAACCAAUGAACAUGUCAGACAAAGAGCUGAUGGAAAGCACAGACAUAUAUGUGGACAGUAUUGUAGCAAACAUGCCUGUCAGUUCAUCAUAUAUGCAAACACUGAAGAAACAACUGAAAAGCGACAGUGUGUGUGCUCGUGUCAUGGACAUGUGCACCGAAGGCUGGCCAGAUCAUGCAAAACAAGAGCCUUUACUGCGAAAUUACUGGCCUGACCGAGCCACGCUCACUGUUAAAGACGGCCUUUUGCUAAAAGACACACGGCUUGUCAUUCCUUCAGCAAUGAGAAACAAGGUGCUGGAAAAACUACACGAAGGACACCAAGGUGUUGUAAAAUGUAAAGCUCGUGCACGCCAAACAGUGUGGUGGCCCGGGCUGAGUCAACAAAUCUCUGAGAUGGUGCUCAAGUGCAAAACAUGUAUUCAAGAAAGACACAAUAACAGUGAGCCACUCAUGCCAACAGAAUAUCCUGCCCGCCCAUGGCAGAAAGUGGGGACAGAUCUUUUUGAGCUGGGAGGGAAAACUUACCUUCUCGCUGUUGACUAUCACUCUAGAUUUGUUGAGAUUGCUUUGUUACACAGAACAAAAUCAAUCAAUGUCAUUACCCACCUGAAAUCUUUCUUUGCCCAUCAUGGCAUCCCAGAGGUCCUCAUGUCUGAUAAUGGGCCGCAGUAUUCAGGUCAAACCUUUACAGACUUCGCGGCAGCAUACGGCUUUAAACACAUCACAAGCUGCCCCAAGUUUCCGCAAAGUAAUGGAGAAGCAGAACGUGCUGUGCAAACUGUAAAAAAUCUUCUGAAGAAAGCAGCUGAUCCUUAUCUAGCUCUUCUUGCCUAUAGAGCUACGCCACUGCAGUCCGGAUACAGCCCCGCAGAGUUUUUAAUGGGCAGACGUCUGCGAACCACACUGCCGAUACUUCCAUCGCAGCUGGAGCCUACACUGCCAGACAACGCACUGCUCGCUCAAAAGGAAAGGGAGAAGAGGAUGAUGGACAUGGCAAACUUCAACAGGCGCCACCGCGCAAAACCUUUAUGCAGCCUGUCCCCAGGAGAGCAAGUUUGGGUGACUGAUGUCAAAACUGCAGGCACUGUUAUCCAAAAUCACUCUACACCCCGAUCAUACACGGUGGAGUUACCACAAGGGACCGUGAGGCGUAAUCGCGUGCAUUUGAUUCCUUUAAGUUCACCAGUGCAUGAACCUGCUAAUGUGCCUGUGUUACAGAAGCCUCAAACACCCAGUGUGAGCCCUGCUACACCUGUUAACACUGAUGUUGUCAGAACCAAGUCAGGGAGGGCAAUAGUUAAACCUAAAAAGUUAGAUCUGUAAGAGAGAAAAAAAAAGUUGUUGUUAUAUAACUGUGUUAUAAUGGUUU